ACAGUAGUGGCUAUAGCUGAAUAAGUGACACACGCGACACCGAGGCAGCUUUACAUGCUAAACACACCCUUAAAGGCUUAAUCAUGGCUUCAAAUGUCAAUGGAACUCCAGAUUUGGAUUGUGGAAUUGAUAAAAAUGCGUGGAAAAUAGCACUUCCCAGUCUCUAUUUCAUAAUUUUUCCUCCUGCUCUUCUGCUAAACCUUGUAGUCGCUUGGAUAUGUUUACACCUCAAGUCUGAUUCUACUUUCAUGGUGUACCUGAAGCACUUGGUGGCAGCCGACCUCCUCAUGACCUUGACUUUCCCUAUCCGAGGUGCCAGCGAGCUCACAAAUGCCUCUGACGGGCUAAACGCUUUCACCUGCCGAUUCUCAAGCCCCGUCUUCUACCUGGCCAUGAACAUGAGUGUGAUAUUGAUGGGACUCAUCAGCCUGGACCGCUACUUAAAGAUUGUGAGAUCUGGAGGAACUCUUCUAUGUCAGAACCUGUUAUUUAGUAAUUUCUUAUCAUUCACUUUUUGGAUUGCGAUAAUCGGCACUAAUACGAUCCCGAUUAUCAUGACAUCAAAUGAAGACCGCGGGAAUAAGACUAAAGACUUCUGCAUGAACAUGAAGAGCGAACUAGGAAUUACUUGGCAUGAAGGAGUCGUCAUUAUGGGCAAAACAAUUUUUUGGACAAGCUGCAUUUUAAUUGUGUUUUGUUAUAUUUGCAUUGCUAAGACAGUUUUGGAGUCGUAUCAAAGGGCCCGCGGCAACAAAGACAGACGGAAGCGUAAAGCAAAGCUUCGGGUUUUUCUUAUUCUUAUGGUAUUUUUUAUCUGCUACGUACCGUACCACUGCGUCCGAAUACCUUAUACUAACCUACAGGUUCAAAACAAUAACACAUGUUCCAAGCUUUCACUUAGAAUUGCCAAGGACUUUUCGCUCUGGCUCUCAGCUCUAAAUGUGUGCCUGGACCCCCUGAUCUACUUUUUUCUCUGCAAGGCUUUCAGGCAAAUGUUUUGGGAGACAUUUAACUUAAAAAAACUUUUUCCAUCCAUUGGAAAAAACAAUGAGGCCUGUCAGUCCUCAGAUACUUCACUGUAAGUGGACUGUUUUUUUCCCCUUAGCUUUGCAUGUGCAUUUGUGUAACACAUCAUUGCAGACUGCUGACCAUAAAAUUGUGUUGAAACCGCAUCAGGAAGCUAACACUGUGCACGGUUUCACACUACGAACCAAAAUAUAUCUUUCUACACAUCUAUGUUUGUUAAGAUAUAAAGUCAUACAUUUUUGCAUUUUUUUGUGCAAUGAAUUCAAGCCUUCAAGAAAGAGGAAAAGUUUUAAAGGUCUGAUCUAAUCUGCAGUUCUUGUGCAAAGCCAGUUGAGAAAUAAAAAUUAUAGAAUUUGUUUAGGUAAUAUUUGAACUUAUUUUCAUUAAUAAGCAUGUAAUUGUGCUAAAUUUAUGCAAAUUAAGAGAGACUGCACAUUUGUUUGUAAUACAUAAAAUGUAUCUAAUAAGUGUCAUAUAAAAUAUUGUAUGAUAUUUUAUGUAUAUUAUUAUUAACAUUAGUAGUAGUAUUGAAUUCAAAUUUGAGUGACUGUUCAUAAGUCAUAUCAUAUACAUUCAGGUAAGCUACUGACUAGCUGAGUGAGUUAGACUAGUUAGCAGGAUCUUUUGAUGUUUUAUAAUAUGAAAGCAUUGUUUUUGUUUUGUUUUUACUUGGCAGGUUUGUUUACAGCAACAAAUCAAACAAAGAGUUAACAAGUAACCCGAUUUUGUGCUAGAUAUGAAAGUGCUGUUCUAGAUAAUGUACUGUAAAGAAAACCCCAAACCACUGACCUGUACCUUUUCUUAUAUAGCUUUCUUUAUAUAGUUUUGAGGAUUCAGUCAGUGUUCACUCCAGCGUAGACUAAUUGGUUAGUUACUGUAAUAUAAAAACAAAAUCGCCAUUUAGCUGUUGAUUAACAAUUUAUGAAAAAGUCAUUUAGAAAUUGAAUACUACCUAAAUUUUU